AUGACAUCCCAGGCUGUCUACAAUGUCGACAGCUAUCACAUCAACGUUGAGAUGGGUGAUGGCGCCAUCCAUCUGCUGGUACAACGCGCAGCCGCCAGUGGCGCCCUGCUGGCCCUACCUCGGAUCCUUGGAGCUGUUCUCAUCGAUGGUGGUCACAAUCGACAUCAAGGCUUCUUGAAUGUUGAUGCCACACUGGCUCAUAUUCAGGCUGCAGGCUAUGCCGACAGCCAAGGCGUUGCGAUAACAAAUACUUCAGCGAAUUUUCAAUUUGAUUCGAUCGUCGUCACCCACUGGGAUCAAGACCAUUGGAACGGUAUCGUCAGGUUGUUCAACGUCAAUAUGGCAGCCCAAAUUAAUGCUGGAACAGUGACGGUUGACGAUGUCCAGUGCUCUUAUCUCAAAUAUAACUCACGCACCGGAGCCCCUGAAACAACUUUAUAUGCGCCGUACUGGUAUGGGAAGUCUGGAACCAGAAUGACAGAGCAGAAAGGUUUCGCGAAGGCCUUCGUGCAGCUCGACACUACCGGACCGAGCUUGACCUGUAGCUUUCGCGUUGUCGACAUGGCUGCCGGCGUGAUUCUAGGUAUCAGGGAGAACUUCAUACAAGUUUCCACACAGCGCAAUGCCAGCUUUCUAGGAGCCAACUUCUUCAGUGGAGACCGUUUGCCAACCACUACUAGUCCUACGACUAUCACCUCGGUCGAGAAAUUGCUCUCGCAGGACGUCCAUAAGAAACGGAUCAACAAGGAAAUGCGUCCGGGUAUGUAUUGCGUGGCUGCAGAUCGUAACACUAUCGGUCCUCUCAGGCUGGGCGUGGUCAACGCGCUGCCAACGCUGACCAAUCAACACUCGAUUGCCUGCAUGAUCAUAUGGCCCGACGGAAGGCUCUCGCACUAUUUUGCUGGCGACUUAAGCUACGACAUUGAGCAGGCUAUUGUCAAAUGGAGCCGGGUUCUGAACCCAUCGCGGAACCUGAUGUCCAUGAAGUCUUCACACCAUGGCGCAGCUACUUCUACGCCAGUAGAAAUUCUAGAAAAUUGGGAUCCACAAACGAUCAUCAUUUCGGCGGGCAACGACUAUGGUCAUCCACGUUGGGAACUAAUGUUCUACAUCGAAGCUCAAUGGCUGAAAGUACCUAGACGCAGGCCAGUGCGCCGCGUUUGGCCCUGUCGUUAUCCAUACUACCUCUAUGUCGCAAUGCCGGUCACUAUUCCGCCAACAUGGCUGGCCAGCAACCCGAGGAAAAUCUCCCCAGGCGCAUUCUUUAACGAUGGAAUCGGUCAAGCAAAGUAUCGGAAUGACCUCACCAAUCUGUACAACUCUAUCACCCCUGCUACCGGUGUUGCCAGCCCUCUCGUGGAGUUCAACGACCCUGUUACUGGCGCCAGCGGCUUGAACCGGACUGCGCAGCUGGCGUGGCUCAAUCAAGCUGUGGCCGAUCGGUGGGACAAUCUGUCAUUGAUAAGGGUCGGGGCGGCGGGUGCGGCGGGUGCGGCCCCCGGCGCCGCUGCCGUUGGCGCCGCGAACAGUGUUGCAAGCGAUCAGAGCACCAUCGAGUUUCUGCUGCUUCAAUGUCGCUCAACAGACCUUACUGAUGGCCAAGUCUCGUUCAAGACAGUCAAUGAUCCCGUAUUUGCGGGCCAUCUUCAUACCUUCGGCUCGGUGGCACCCAAGGCACAAAUGACUACAAGACGGACCAUGGCGUUGCGACAGACGCUCACUGGACCUCGCACAACCAUGCGGCUUGCGCAACCGAGUGCCAAGCAGAACUUGGGCACGGUCAGAAUCAUGCCAGAGCUUUAUUCGGCGGGUGAAGAUGUAGACCCCGAUGAAGGAUCGGAUACUGAUGACGAUGCCGAAGAUACAGUUAUAGGCAGGAAGGUCAAUUCAAGACCGCAUACAACAGCGUCUAAAGCUACGAGCAUAGGGAUUGAGACUGGUUUAGGUGGUCUUCCCACGACAGGGUACACAUUCUUCUGUUCGGCACUGCAGGAACAAACUUCGUCAACGACCUUCUCGUUGGGUCAAGGAGAUCUGAACGACUUCAUCACAGCUCUGCAUUGGGGUAUGCUGACACUAUCGUCGACCCCACCCUCAGAAACGAAAGCCACCACCGUACAGAUCCUUGCUCAAGAUGAAUGGAGCGCUUGGUUCACUGAGGCCCUUCCUGCUACCAACUUUUCCGUGAGUACCACAACGACCAGCGUAGCCAGCUUCCAGGUAACAAUCUCGAUUCCUUCGGUCAAAACGGGCGUACCAUCGCUUGAUUUCGACACAGCGGCAGUGAAUAAUGCAUUUGAUCUGAGCACUGCCCAAGCUCUCCAGCCGAACGGGCUGCUAUCCGGUUAUGACACGCUCAUAUUUGGUCUCAGCCCAGAAGCGAAAGACGUCGAUUUCACAUUGAACGACCUUUUCCAUUUCGCUGGUCAGCCGCUUCCCGGAGCCGACCUUGUUGGCGCACUUAGCGACGUCACAUUGACAUUGAGACCAGGUAAGGACCGUGGCGACAGAAACGCCAUCUGGUUCGUCCCUAGCUACUACUACCGUACUGUGGUCCGAUUAGAGCCACACUUAGACACCGCGGCCCUGACGACUUUCAACAGGUUUCUCGAGGCUCACCUCUCGGGACUACAGGUCCUGUGCGCAACAGUUGUUGCGAAGAAGACCAUGAAUUAUGUCGCUCAUGUUAGUGGCGCGGAGGUGGAAACGCAGCCGCAGAUCUUCGUCUCUGCCGAUGCCCAAUUGUCGAUUAACAAGUCGACCCUCUUGUUUACCAUGACGAUGACAUUCUCUCCACAAACGUUGGAUUUCACGCUGGAAUUCAAGUCAGGAGGUGUUCUGCAAGAUUGUGUCGAUUGGCUGGUACAGCUGCUCGGUGUCGAUCUUCCAUGUAUGCAGUGGAUUGAUAAGGCCGCUGCGUUUCUUGACAAGAACCUCCAGCUGCGACGUGUGUAUGUGCAAAUCGCCGUGACCAACAAAGGGCCCAAGGUCGUAACCUGCAAAUUUGAUGCUCAAGUCACGCUGUCCAUUGGUGGGGAGAAGACCGAUACGGACCAAACCAAAGUAGCAAUCAGGUUGACAUAUUGCUACCCGAGCGGCAAAGUUGGGAAGCUGACAGGAUGUAUAUGGCCUGCACCAUUACCUCCCGCGCUGCCGCCUCGACUCGAUCCGCUUUUCGAACCGUUCGAUCAGUUCGAUCCCCUGCCUGAUCAAGAAGGUGCUUACACAUUCGCCAGGACCUUCAACCUCGAGAAUCUGUAUCCAAAUGGCGAUAAGCUGCUUUCCAUACCCGAUCAGAUCCCCCACAAUGUCUGCCAGGCCCUCCUACAGAUCGACUCUGACGGUAUCUACUUCAGUGGCUUGAUCACUACUCCUCCGCAAACGCCUGUGGACGUUCCAACUAUUUCGCUCAAUCAGUUGGGACUAAUAGCCAGCUACAAAUUUGGCUCAACAGCCGAGCCUACGGUACAGCUCACGUUCACAGUCCAGCUUACGCCCCCAGCGAAGACCUACUGGCCCGUUGCACUCCUAGACGGGCGGGUCAUGUACUCCAAAACCGCUGCAGGUGCGAACUGGACACUGGCUGCCGAUCUCCAAGACCUGAAUGUCGCAGCUCUAUAUUCUUUCUUUGACAGCGAUACGCAGGACACAGCCAUGCAGAUGAUGGCAAAGAUUUUCAUAAGCCGGCUGGACCUCGAGUACCAAUACUCCUCUGGCAAGCCCAGCUCCUUUCUCUUCACGGGCAUUCUCUUGUUCGGGGAUUUGGAGCUCGACUUGACGUAUACAUACAAUCCUCCGGAAAAGAGAUUCUCGGCCGUCCUAGGAGCCGACUCCAAACAAGCUAGUACCGCGACACUGGGGUCAGUCAUCGCCAGCAUCUCAGACGACGUCACGGGCCUGCCCAGCUUCGUUGCCGACAUAGCCAUCCCGUCAGCUGCCGGCAAAGGCGGGCUUGUCUCGAUAGACUACUUCAAGUCAAGUACAGCGCCACUCGGAGACUAUGUUAUUUUCAUAGCCAACAUCGAUCUGGACGUGCUGAGCUUCACUUACGUGCAGUUCUUCCAUGCUAGCUGGCCUAAGGGGACCAGUCCAAAACGUCUUCUGCGCGUUGCGGUUCAAGCUCUCGGUCAUGAUAUAUCGAUGCCGAUCCUCGGUACUCUUCCGCAGCCUUUUGACGAGAUGGACUUCAUCUGGGUCCAGGACAGCAGUGGUCAAGCAGCACCUGGCGUCUUCCCUGGUUUCACCGUCCAGGAAAUCGGCGCGAUCAAUGAUGAGCUAGGAACACUUCACAUAUCCGAUACCUUCCGUUACAAGAACAUCAACUCGCAGCCUAAACCCACCGACGUCGUCUUGAAGGAGGGCAAGCACUUCAUCGAGGAUCCGGCUCCAUCCAAGCACGCCUUGGUCCUGCGAGGUCGCGAGACGACGAUCAGGUCCCGAUCGAUGGACAUUGUGGUCCGGGAGGAUCCUCCAGCGGAUGUCCCCUCUGCUCCGCCAGCCAUGGCUGCAGCAACACGCUCGUUCGGCCCUCUCACCAUGUCCAACAUUGGCUUGCAGUACAAAGACUCGGCAUUGUUCGUCAUCAUGGACGCAAAAAUGGUCCUUGGUCCCAUCGAGUUCGAACUCCUAGGCUUCGGGCUCGGCAUCGAUCUGAGCAACGGAAUGUCCCUGACCAAGUUUCCCAAGCCGGAAGCGACAAUCAGCGGCCUCGCUAUUGGUUUCAACGCGCCGCCAGUCCUCAUCUCUGGCCUUUUCAGCCACAUCAGCAAGCCAGGAGAAGACAUGUACGUUGGCGGUGUAGCCGUAGACUUUGACCCUUACACCUUCCUCGCGGCAGGCGGAUAUGGCACAAUCACCCCAGCAUCGGGUACAUCCUAUCACACGGUGUUUCUGUUUGCUGAUUUGCAGGGACCACUUAUCGACCUCGAAUUCAUCGAGCUUUCUGACGUCUGUGGUGGUUUCGGGUACAAUUCUGCGGUCACUCUUCCUACGGCGUCACAGGUGUUCCAAUUCCCAUUCAUUGGCGACAAUAUGACAUCGAAAGUCGGUGGCGAUCCACUGGCUACAAUAACGAACCUCACGGACGGUGUGUGGAUCACGCCACGGCCCUCAAGCCUAUGGCUAGCCUUCGGUGCAAAAGUCGAGGCCUUCUCCGUGCUAUCAAUCGACGCCGUUGUCGUUGUCGAGUUCAACCCAUACGUGACACUCGGGAUCUUCGCUGACGCGAUCGCGACCGUGCCUCCGUCGGAAACGGAUGGGGCUUCUUCUCAGGGGAAACUGGCGUACGUAGAGCUUGGCAUCACCGGUGUCGUGGACUUCCAGGCCGGUUCAUUGAUAGUGACCGCACAGCUGGCGCCGUCAUCCUUCAUCCUGGAUCCAGAUUGCCACCUGACGGGAGGCUUCGCGCUCGCGACGUGGUUCGGAUCCGAGCACUCAGGAGACUGGGUCUUCUCUCUAGGUGGGUAUCACGCAGCAUACCAGAAGCCUGCGCACUACCCCGAUGUGCCGCGCUUAGCGAUCAACUGGUCUCUCGACGACUGCUUGUCGAUCACGGGAAAUGCCUACUUCGCAAUCACACCCAAGGUGUGCAUGGCGGGCGGUCUUUUGCAAGCGCAACUGUCCUGUGGUCCCCUCGGAGCGCACUACGAUUGCUGGGCGGACUUUCUGAUCAAUUACAAGCCGUUCAAUUUUGUCGGCGAUGUUGGCGUCUCGGUUGGUGUUUCGUUCUCACUCGACCUGCUCUUUGUGACGAUAUAUAUUGACGUUGAGAUUGGGGCGAGUGUGCAUCUUACUGGGUUGCCCAUCCAGGGCUAUGUCCAUGUCGACUUCUGGGUAUUUGGGUUUGACAUUCACUUCGGCCCUGACCCGGGACCUACCCUUGCUUGCACGCUGCCUGCGUUCUGGGACCUUCUUCUGCAGCAAAGCAAGACUCAACAGCAGGUCAUGCUACCCGGAGAUAGCCAGCAAGAGCAGGUUAAGCCAACGAAACUGCUCAUAACCCCAGCAGUCGAUCCUGGACACAAGCUGACUGUCGACUCCGGUAUGGCCACUGGAAAUGGCUCGCAGACUUCAACCGACGCCGACACAUGGAAUGUUCGUGCUGGUACAUUCGCUUUCCGUGUCGUAUCAAUAUUCGCACUACAAACCCUCCAAGUCAAUGCUCAACCCGUCGUCGGCUCGACCGACACUAAGCUGCAAUCGCGACCCAUGCACAUCACUAAAGACCAGACCAUGACCUCGACCAUGACUAUCCAGAUCGCCUCGGAGCAGGCCGGUGAACAAGUCAAAAUCUGGGGUCUUGAGCGUGUAGACAAAUCCUGCCCUGUUGCGCUCUGGGGUGCUUACGACCCCAACCAAGACCCCCUGUCCCCCAACACCAACACCAGCGACCUCCUCAACGGCAGCACUCAACCCUCCAUCCCCCUCCUCAUGGGCACAACCUGCAUCGCGCCCCCACCUACGCUCUCAUCAGACAUAAUCCCCGCCUUCAGCGCCAUCGACCUCAUGUCCAAGAUCGUGUCCGACGUCGAGUUCCCCAACACCACAGACACAGCCUCCUCAAGCUGGAAUGCCGCACCUCGUAAGGCAGGCGCACAGCAGUGGACCGCCGUUGAGCAAGCUUGGAACGUAGGUAACGGACCACCAGCGAGGCAGGAAGCGGCGGAUUUUGUGAAUGCGUGGAUCGAUUUGUUCGGAUGGGACGAUGUGCGGACUUCCGAACAGGGCAAGUCAGGGACGUGGAGGUGGCAGGAUCUGGAUCCUGCGCCGCCAGGGAUAACGCUGCGCAAUUUGUCAGAGGUCUAUAUGGCAGCGCCGUGUAUUUCAGUGUGA